AUGCGCGUCUUCGCCACUCUAAGCCAGCUCCUCCUGGCAGGACUCGCUCUGAGCCAGAGCACCUCCUCCUCAAGCUGCUCUUUGCAGUCCUCUGACGACCAAGUAAUCGACUACGGAUACUCUCUCUCCUUCUUCCUGGACCGCUUCUACUCCUCCGUCCCGGUGAACCAAACCUUCCUCAACGAUGCGCUAAACAGCUCGACGGGCGCCUACCUAUCCAACUUCCAGGGUCUGCAGCGGCAGAACCGUCUGGGCGUGCGCGCCGUGCAGCAGCUCGGCGCCCGCGCCUCAGGCUUCAGCGCCCACAACUGCAGCUUCACGUACCCGACCGCCAGCGACGGGGAGGCUUUCAUCCGGAACGCCCUGGAACUCGAAUCCACCGUGGCGGGCGCAUACAUCGCGCUGGCGGGAUACACUCAAUCCCCGGAGGCGUCGUUCCUGUGGGCCAGGUUGGCGGCUGAACAUACCGCCCACGCGUACUAUAUCGCGAGUCACCAGCAGUCGGUUCUGUUCCCGACUAACAGCUCGUCCCUGGUGCCCGCGUUUAGCCCGGGGUAUGUGUUGUCGAAUGCGACGGGGCACGGGCAUCUGGGUCGGUAUUUCCAGGGCUGUGUGACGGCGCCGCCCGUUCCCUGUGGUGAGACCCUGUUUAUUGGCGGGUUGACGGCUACGCUGGGGGCCAAUGUCUCGGCCAGUGCGGCGGCUUCGAGCUCCGCUUCUCUGUCUGCGUCGGCCACCCCUUCGCCGAGCUGGGCGAAGAGGGCUUUCUAA